AUACCUUUGGAUCUCUCCAUUCUGACUGAUUUUAGUUCAUUGCUUUCUUUUGUCUCUUCUCUCCUCUUCUAUCACUUUAUAUAUGUACAUAUUUCCAUUCACCUUUCUUCUUUCUUUAUUCUAUCAGAUCUAACCCCCAAAUACAGCUUUAUGAAUUUUCUCAUACAUACACAUAUAUAAACCUGUUCUUUCUUUGAUGAAGAUCACAAGACCCCAUCAACAUCUUCACAUCUAUCAAAUCCAUGCAUGAAACCAAUGAAUUAUUACUGUUUUUGAAGGUUCCAACAACCAUUCCUUCAACUGUUUGAUAUAAAUACAAUCAGCUGUCAUAGGGUUAUACUUUGUUUAAUUCUCAGGAUGUCAACGGAUAGCUUGGCUGCAAAGAUAGGCGGAAAAGAUGAAAGCCAAGGCGCCGGCAGCAGGAGAAACGCGGCGCCGAGGCCUCAAGAACCAGCCCUCAAGUGCCCUAGAUGUGAUUCAUCAAACACAAAGUUCUGCUAUUACAACAACUACAAUCUUUCACAGCCAAGGCAUUUUUGCAAGACUUGUAGAAGGUAUUGGACUAAAGGCGGUACCUUGCGCAACAUUCCAAUAGGCGGUGGCUGCAGGAAGAGCAAGAAGAUGAAGUCUUGUUCUAGGCUUUCUGGGGAAUCAAAGGAUUCUAGUGGAUCAUCCGAUUUUGGUUCAAAAUUGAAUUUUUUUCAGGGUUUUUCACCAGCGAUGGAUUUUCAGCUUGGAGGGCUAAACUUGCCUGUAAUUCACCCUCCAAAUACUGGUCUCUUAAACCAGUUUUCACCAUCUUUCAGAAACCUGCCAAAUUCCUCUGGGGAGAUUGCACCAAACCCUUGUUUUAAUCUUGAUUUUUCAGGGAGUUCAUCUCUAAUGGGAUUCAACUUUCCAUUAUCUUCUGCACUCAAACAAGGAGAAGGGACUUCAGGGAUUCAAGAAAUGGGCUCAUCAUUGAAUAUUCAUAGCAAUCUUGCAAGCUCUAUUGAGUCCUUGAGUUCGAUGAACCAAAAUCUGCACUGGAAGUUACAACAAGAAAGAUUGGCAAUGCUUGAACCUAAUCAGAUUCAGAAACCGCAAUCCAUUUUGUUUCAGAAUCUGGAAAUUUCAAAUCCAGAAGCUUGUGGAAUUGGAAGUUCAAGAAAGGAUGGAACUGAGACUCCAAGUGGAAACUUAUCAACUGAAUGGUUUUUUGACAGCAUUUAUGCACCAGGUACAACAACUUCAGCAUCCAAUAUUACUGUCAAUACAAACGAAAACAACACCAGCAACUGUAAUGGAAUGUCAUGGACCAAUUUGAAUCAGUACAGCGCACUGCCGUAGCUAGCAGACAAAAAUCAAAAGGUAUCCUUAUAAGAGCUGUGAGAAGAAUUGAAGAACCGAAGAUAUUAUAGGAAUACAUACCAAAACUUAUGCAGACUUAUCCUAUUAUUUUCAUAUUUUAGUAUUUUUCCAUUGCUGAAUCAAGAUGUGAACUUUUGGGAAGUUUGUUUAUGUUUUAUUUGCUGUGAAUCAAACUGAAAAGAGUUGGGAAUUAGUGGCUAAAUAGGUAUUAAAGUUUCUUUCUUAUCGAAUUUGAUUUUAGUUAAAGAUUAAUUAAUGCUCAGAAGUUCAAAAUCAA